AUGCUUAUGUUUGGUGUUUCUCAAGCUGAGUCACUUCUUUUCUCACCCCUGCAGAUGUCCUAUUCUGAGAGUGAUCCUGCCAAGAACCAGACCAUCGCUGAUGGGAUCAUCCUGGUGGGGUUUUCCUUCCUUCAUGAGAAGCAAAUUAUUCUUUUUCUUGUGCUUCUGGUUCUCUACCUAGUCAUCCUGUUGGGGAACCUGUUUGUUAUCCUCCUGAUAAAGCUCAACCCUUCCCUCCAAAUCCCCAUGUAUUUCUUCCUGGUCAACCUGUCCUUCCUGGACAUCGGCUACAUCACCAGUGUGAUCCCUCAGCUGCUGGUUCAUCUGUUGGAGGAGCAAAAAACCAUCUCCCUCGUGGGCUGUGCGGUCCAGAUGUUUUUCCUCUCCACCAUGGACCUCGCAGAAUCCUGCCUGCUCACGGCCAUGGCCUACGACCGCUACGUGGCCAUACACAGCCCCUUGCAAUACACGACCAUCAUGAGCAGCCGGACAUGCCUGCUGCUUGCGGGGGCUUCGUGGUUCACUGGCAUUUCAGUGCAAAUAAUUCAGACCACAUGGAUCUUCAGCCUGCCCUUCUGCGGCUCCCACCGCAUCCACCACUUCUUCUGCGACAUCCCAGUCGUGUUGGACAUGGCCUGCGCCGACACAUCAAAAAACGAUAUCAUGCUCCUGAUUAUGGUGUUCAUCACAUGUCCUUUUUUGCUGAUACUCCUGUCCUAUAUCUGCAUUAUCACCACCAUCCUCAGGCUGCCGUCAGCAGAGGGGAGGCGUAAAGCCUUCUCCACCUGCUCCUCCCAUCUCAUGGUGGUGACUUUCUACUAUGGAGCGGGAUAUUUUGGCUCGCUGGUGCCCAAAUCUACCUCCACUCUGGAGAGAGAUCUCAUGAUUUCACUUGUUAACACAAUUGUUAUACCAGUGUCACACCUCUUAAUUUACACUCUCAGGAACAAAGAAGUGAAGGGAGCCUUUGUCAAAACAGUAGAGAAGAGCAUCUUUGCUCACAACUGGAGAAAUCAGAGAAUGAGAACCAGAGUUAGAUAA